AUGGAUUAAUAAAAAAUUAUAGAUGAAUCAAUUAUUUUAGAUGUUCAAUCACCAAAAUUAAAUAAAUUAUACAUGGUGUGUUCAAUUAAUAGUAAGGAACCAUUUACAGAUCCUGAAACUAUUUAAAUAGAUUUUAUAAGUAAAUAUUUAUUCAUCUAUUAUUGAAAGCACAAAAAUCAGGCACAUUAAUGGCCUUAAAGAUUCCAAAAAUGUUUGCUUAUAUUGGACUUACAGGCACUAAAGCUGUUUAGAAUAAAUAGCAUGAAGAAUUACCAAAUCAAUAUUUAGUGUGUUUCAGAUUAUUAGAUGUAGAUAACAUUAUUGGUGGUUAUGCAGAUGGCAGAAUAAUUUAAAAAUAAAUAUCUACAUAGAAAAUAAUAAAAGAAUUCAAUCGGCAGAAUUAAGAAAUUAUAAUCAAGAAGAGGCCUUUAAAGAUUCAUAUUUUUUAGAAAUAUUUUGUUAUUCUCUUUUUAGAGGGGGUUGUUUGUAUUUAUCAUCAAGAUAAUUUAAUGUUUAAAUUUUAGAAUGAAUAUGAAAAAGUCAUGCAAAUGUCUUUUUAAUAUCAUAAAUCAAUAGGUAAUUAUAAUAUUCCUAUAUAAGUAAGUUAGAAGACAUUAAAACAAUUUGAAAUAACACCUAAUUUUCAUUAUCACUUUUUAAAUUAUGGAGAAUUUUCCAAUUUUUAGUUUUGUUAACAAAAGAUGAAUCCUUUAUUUUUAUUUAGAUUUGAAUCAAUGUCAAUUAAUGAUAUUGAGAUAUUACCUUUUAGUCCUUUGGAACAUUUGAACAAGCCUGAAUAAAGAAUGGAGAAAGGCUUGUGUUUAGCUAUGAGUGGAUUAGAUGGAUAUUUUAGAUUAUUAGAUGCUAUGAUUAAUAAACCAUUAUUUUCAUUUAAAACUGAAUAUUGUGGAAUUUGUUCAUUUUCAUUUAAUCCUAAUUUCAGCAGUGUAAGUAGAGCUAGUUAAAUAGGUUUGUUUAGGAGGCUAGGAUGAUUCUGCUUAUGUGAUAAAUUUUAAUUCUAAAAUUUCAUGGAUACGUUUAGUGGGACAUAAUUCAUUUAUUUCUAGAGGAGUAUUUAGUUCAAUAAGUGCAACAGAGUUUAGAAUAAUAUGUAGUUGUUAUGAUGGUACAAUAUCAAUAACAGAUGUUGAUUUAAAUUAAUUAAAUCCUGAAAAUAGUUUAUUUAUUAAAGCAUAAGAGAAAGAGAAAGUGUUAUAAGUUAAGAAUAUUCAAAGUGUAUCAUAAGAUGGAGUAGCAAAUUUAGCAGAAUUUUAGAAUUAUGUUGUUUGCAUGAAUUUUGAUGGAAUAAUUAAAAUUUUUCUAUUGUUAUGA